AGUCACAUUGAGCAGCCACACUAACCAUUUCGGAUUUGGACGUGGUUCUGUGUGUCUUCCACAUCCGGUGGAACUUGAUUCAGGCGUAACACCUAUGACGCUGUUAAGAUCGUAGCUCACAGACAUGUUCAUCACACGUGUGGCUCCACGAUUAAAUCUGCUUUCUCGAGUAUGCGGUUCACUGCAUUACUUGCGCCCAACGUUAUGCAGUGCAGGCCAGCAUCCCCCUCCUGCCUGCUGCGUGGGAAUACAUUACACGCAAAGACAUUUGACAUCUGCAGCUGACAAUAAGCAACCUCCAAAAUUAUGGACACCUCUUGAUCCGGACUUAGAGGAGGUCCUAGUGCCUCGGAAACUCUCAGUAUCUCCUCUUGAGAGCUGGCUCUCUCUACGUUACUCAUUACCUCCAAUCCUGGAGGCUCCUCAGCCUGUGGAGGAAGGGGAGCUAAUAGGAGAGACCAUGGUCUUGCCUCCCUCUGUGGUUCCUCUUCUGGAAGAUGGUGAAGGCUCCACACCUCUGAGUUGCAAAAAUGUGCUGGAGAUUCGAAGGAGGAAGAUGAACCGCCACAAAUAUAAGAAGCUACUAAAACGCACCAAGUUCCUGAGGAGGAGAGUGAAAGAGGGCAGAAGGAAGAGAAAACAGCGUCGUUUUGAGAAAGACAUUUCCAGAAUUAUGAGGCGGGCUGGCUUGAGAAAAGUCCCUGAAGGCUGGACCAUUCCCAAGGUUUUUACAAAACAGAAUAAGUCUAGGGGAGAGUGAUACAUGUAGGCAAGAAGUCCACUGAAUCCUAUUGAAAUAAUUAAGUUGUCCAGGACUGGUUUCCCUCUUCAAAGCUCCGCCAGUGAUGUUACCGUUUUGAGUGGCGCAGCACUAGAAAAGGGAUGGACUCAUUCAUGGAAUCUGCUCAGUGUAUGUGCAUAUUGUGAUAUCUGAUCAAAUAAAAAUAAACAGACUUUACAACUCCUAA